ACAAUAAUUAUAAUUGUUGAGCAGUUUUACAUUACCCGCGCUCUAAUGAUGUCGUUAAUAGUACCUUGACCGAAUUAACGUAGGAGUAAAACUUCAAUUUUCGCAAAUAUUGUCUCGAUAACCGAUCGGAGUGUGUCGUCUAAAUGCAAACAACCCGAUGAUGGGAGGACGGUGGAUCGCUGUUAUUACCACUACCGUCUUACUAUACACGGCACGGGACCGGGGUCAUGUGACUGCGACCGGUUACAACAUACUGGCGAUUUUCCCAUUCAGCGGAAAAAGUCAUUUUUACAUGUUUCGCGCAAUAUCGCAAGCGCUGGUGGCUCGUGGACACGAUGUUACCGUGGUCAGCCAUUUUCCCGAAACCUUAUCGUCGCCGAAGCAGCAACAGCGACGAGAUAGUGCGACGAACGGGUCUUACACCGAUUACAGUCUGGCUGGUUCGGUACCGGUGUACGAGAACUUCACCACUGACGAGCUAAUAGGCAACGGGUAUUUGGAAGAGUUCCUGAUCAUCCUGCAAGACGGCGUGGACAACUGUGAGGGAGUCAUGUCAUCGGGGCGACUAGACGAGCUGGUACGGAACCGCGUGAGGUUCGAUCUCGUCCUGGUCGAAGUUUUCAACACCGGUUGUUUCGCGCUAGUUGCUAAUCAAUUCGGAGCUCCAAUCAUCGGCAUAACUUCGACCAGUCUCUACCCAUGGUACAGUGGUAUGGUAGGUGACGUGGCGACACCUUCAUACGUGCCGUUAAACUUAUUGCCGUUCACCAGUCGAAUGACAGUUAAGGAACGUUUGAUAAACACCGUGAUUUUGAUGACGUUGAAAAUUUACUACAAAUACAAGUAUGAGCCUAAAGCUCAAGAAAUUGUCAACAAAUAUCUGGGAGACAUGAAUGGAACAGUAUCUGAAGCCAUGAGUAUGAUAAAUGCCGUCAUCAUGAACACGCAUUUUGCGUUUGGAUUUGCACGGCCAUUGCCUCCGGGUAUCAUUGAAGUCGGAGGAUGCACUUACAAAAGUCCAAAACCUCUAUCAGAAGAUUUGGAACGGUUUGUUACGAGCGCCGAGCGAGGCGUUAUUUACUUUUCGAUGGGUUCCAUAAUUAAAGGUGCGUCAAUGCCGAUGGAACGAUCUCUGGCCAUGUUUCGGGCGUUCAGUCAGCUAAAGGGCUACAAAGUGUUGUGGAAAUGGGAAGACGAUACACCUUGGCCGGAAGUCCCGUCUGACAAUGUCAUGUUCGUGCCGUGGAUGCCUCAAUUCGACGUGCUCAAUCAUCCAAACGUAAAGCUAUUCAUAUCACACGGUGGCCUGAUGGGAAUCCAGGACGCUCUUUAUUCGGGUGUACCCAUUAUCGGCAUACCUAUGUUCGCCGAUCAGUUUUCAAACAUAAAUUUUAUCGUCCAAAACGAAUGUGGACUAAAGCUACAACUCGAGCAGAUCGACGAACGUACUGCCUAUAAAAUGAUAUCCACCGUGUUAGAAGACAAUAAAUAUGCGAUAAACGCUGAACGUCUAUCGCAACUGUACCGGGAUCGAGAAAAGGACCCGCUGGAAGUAGCCGUGUACUGGAUCGAAUACGUGGCCAAACAUCAAGUCGGGCUGAUGCUCAAACCAGCGUUUCAAGACCAAUGGUAUGAGCAUUAUUUACUGGACGUUGUCGCCGUGCUAACCGUGGUCGCAGUCACCAUAGCGUACUUGACAGGACGCGUUAUCAUUGCACUGUACCGGUUAAUUUUAAUUUAAUUGACCUGUCGGUAUUAAAAUGUCUUUUGCCGAGUGAUUAAUCGGAAUCGAUAAGCUAUAAUCGAAAAAUGUAUAAAAGAAAAAAAAUUACAAAUAAUAUUUUUCCAUAUCUUUUCGGGCACAGCAUGGAGCGCUCUCAUAGGAAAAGGUUGCGAAUGAAGCAGUCCCCUUCAUGGUCUUUCUUUUUCAACAUUUUGUUAUUUAUUAUUUAUAUUACACUAGGAAAAUACAUAAAUGUGAAUACAUGUAAUAAGAUCGUCCCCCAACUUAUAAAAUUAUCUAGGAACGCUACUGUAUUAUACUACUGUUUUGAUAUUAUAUCCUUCGAAUGGCAUCCAUAUUAAUAAAUAUGACAUGUAUUGUUUCAAA